UAGGCUCUACACGGCUGGAAAUGGAUGGUUGGGUGCAAAUUAUCUCGUGUGGGCCUCAAUUUCUGGCUCGCGAAAUUCUUAGUCAUCUUAAACUAGAGUAGCACCAGAAGGUCAAAAAUGCAUUAGAGUUGAUCCACGAUAAUCAUGAAGAUUCCCAUUGCUGGCAUUGCACCUCUUUCCAAGUCCCUCAUUCAGAUCAAGGGAGUGGAUUCAGCGAAGUUUCUCAAUGGUCUUAUAACUUCCAGGUUGCUUCCCAAUGUGGUCAAGAAGAAGCAGCACACUAUUAGUGAUGCCGAGAAUAAGCACGCUAACUUAUCCGAAAUCAUAAAGCUCGAUGAAAACUGGGGUUUGAUGCACGAAGACAUCUACGAUCCAGACAACAAUAUAUUAAUCAGACGUGAUGGGAUCAACUCCAUGUUCUUGAAUUCAAAAGGAAGAAUCGUGAAUGAUUGUUUCCUCUUCUCCAAUCCAUACCACAACGUCAAUAACGCCUUCUCCGAGACCUUGAAGUCGCCCAACUACUUGGUGGAGAUAGAUAGCAAACUUGCCGGUCUGUUGACCCUGCUUUUGAAGAUACACAAGCUCAGUGCCAAAGUAAAAAUCGCCGAACAACGCAAUUUGUAUUCAUAUUAUUACUACAACGAUAGUGUUGAGUUCGAUCAGUGGAUCGACGAUAUACAGUUUGAUAAUUUUCAGACGUCAAGUCCAAGUGAAGCAUUAGAAUCGGCAAAUGAAUUUAUAGAGAAAGAAAUAGUCUUCAACAAGAGUGUGGUGAAUAACAUAGUUGGAUUUGCAGUUGACAACAGAAUUCCCAACUUUGGACUCAAGAUCUUGACUGAUAUUCCAAUCAGCACAAGCAAGGAAACUGAUUCCGAAUCUCCAACCAUUCCGAUUGAUGAUCUUUUCUCCAAUUCUUUCAAAAGUCAAUUCCCAUUUGAAAUAACCUCAGAAGAAGUCAUAACCAGGAGAAGGUUUAUCAAUGGUCUCUUUGAGACUCAAGAUGCUCCCAAGGAUACGUCACUCUUGCCAUUUGAAUGCAAUUUGGAUUUUGUCAAUGGGUUGUCUCUCGACAAGGGAUGUUAUGUCGGACAAGAACUUACAAUCAGAACCUUCAAUAAUGGAAUCAUCCGGAAAAGAAUAUUGCCCGUACAAUUCUAUAAUAUCACAGAAAGCUCUUCAGCACCUGGGGGUAUUACUUUAGAUCCUUCUGACCUGAUCGUGGAUGAUUUAAAGAAUAUCCAUCAAGCAAGCAUGACAAAAUUAACUGUCUCUCCAUUAAAAGAAGUCGAGGAGGACUCGAAGGAACAGGAAACACCUCAACUGUCUCCAUUUAACUCUCCCUUUGGUGCAAGACCUACAAAAAAAAGAAAGGUUUCGAGUGGAAAAUUGCUUUCCAUUCAAGAUAACCUUGGCUUCAUGUUGUUAAACCUUGAGGACAUCGAGAAAAACGACUUGUAUAAGGUCGAGAUUCCCUGCUUAGAGGGUGGUGUCAAAGAAGUGGGCUUAAAGGUUUUCAAACCAGAUUGGUGGCCCGCGGAUGAUUAGGAAGUUUGCAAUUCAGACCGGCUUGAUGGUCUCCGAAUAAAUAGUAGCAUUAGAUGCAAUGUAUAUAGUAUUAGGGUAGUAGUGCACUUUUUAGUGUUAGGGUAGAAAUGUACUUCUCUUCCGCCGGAGACUAGAGUAUGGUUUCCUGCACACACAGGAAUUGGAAACGAAAUUUGAGGUACUGGUAUAGACUAC